GAAUAAUAAAUAAUAAAAUAACCUAUAAAUUUAUUUAUUGGAUCAAAACUGAAAUGAAAAAAAAUAUGAAACAAAAUAUGAAAUAAAACUUGAAUUCUAAACCUUCAACUUCAACAAAAAUGAUUCGAUGUUUAGAUCUCAAUAUUUCAAGUAAAAAUAGGGAAUUCCUAGUAUUGAGUAGCGCCGUUUUCCUGUGUUUUUUACUUUAUGGCUACAUACAGGAACUCUUAUUUACAAUCGAAGGAUUUGGGUCCUUUGGAUGGUUCUUGACAUUAGUACAAUUUGGAUUGUACAGCAUUUUUGGACUAGUCGAGACCAGAAUAAGGAGAAUUGGUAGCAGAAAAAUACCUAUCCAGACAUAUCUUUUACUCGCUCUGCUAACUUUGGGAACAAUGGGCUUCUCAAAUGCUUCUCUAGGUUAUUUGAAUUAUCCAACGCAGGUGAUAUUCAAAUGUUGCAAACUGAUUCCUGUUCUAGCAGGAGGAAUAUUAAUACAAGGAAAACAGUACGGACCACUGGAUUUCAUGGCCGCCGUUUUAAUGUGUGUUGGGCUUACCACAUUUAUUUUAGCGGACUCCCAUGUACAGCCUAGUUUCAAUACAAAAGGGGUUAUAAUGAUAUCUGUGGCAUUAUUAUGUGAUGCAAUUAUUGGCAAUGUCCAAGAGAAAUCCAUGAAGAGUUACGGAGCUGCUAAUGCAGAAGUGGUACUAUAUUCCUACUCACUAGGAUUUGUUUAUAUUUUUUGUGUUAUGGUAAUCUCUGGCGAUUUUGCUGAAGGUCUCCAUUUUUUUUCUCAGGAUCCUAAAAGGAGUUAUGGUUAUACCUUCAUUUUCUCUCUCACGGGCUACUUGGGAAUUCAAAUCGUUUUAACACUAGUCAGAAGAGUAGGUGCAUUUGCAGCAGUUACUGUUACAACUUGUCGCAAAGCAGUCACUAUUGUCAUAUCGUUCAUAUUCUUCAGUAAACCAUUUACAUUCCAGUAUUUAUGGUCUGGGUUACUUGUUUUAACGGGAAUUUACCUAAAUGUAUUUAGUAAAAACCAUCCAUUUUCUAUGGUAGAGUGUGAAAUGCUUAUUAAAGCAUACCUGAAGUCUUUGAGGACAAAAUUCACUUUCUCUAGGGCGAAAAGUAGACAUUAUUCAAUAGAAGUGUAGUAGUAUGUGCAAAUUAUAAUAAAUAACUGAUUUCUCGAUGUCCGAACCACAA